CGGGAUGUGGCAGACUUCACACCCUUGGCAUGUAGAUUGCGUCGUUGCUCUAAUAAGGAAGGAAGAGAAGAAGGUUGCGGGAUGGAAGAGGAGAGAGUUAUGGUCCGAUGAAGGAGAAGGAGUUGAGAAGGUCUGAAUCUACCUAGGCAGCGUGGAUGGAGAUGUGCUGCCUCUGCUCUGCCUCCGCGCGCGAGGCUGGCCUGGCCCAAGCUCAGAUGCGGGAGCACCAUUGCCGAUACCGAAACACAGCAGCAGCAACACAAGCAACAGACAACAACAACAGCAGGCGACAGCAUCAACAACCUUCUUCCCUACCACAAACCUUGUCGUCUUCAUACACUAACUCAUCAUCGUCUUCACUGCCGUUCCUCUGCUACUGUACCAUUUCAGGCGCGCCAAAGCAAUUGCUCCCACUGCUUCUCACCUCAGAGCUACACGUCACCUCGCUCAGCCCAGCGCCCCCGGUCUGCUAAUUCACAAUGGUCUGGCUCAAUGACCAACAAAAAAUCGGCGUCGGCCUCGUCUCAAUAGGUUCCCUCUUCCUCAUCCUCGGCAUCAUCCUCUUCUUCGAUGCCGCCCUCCUCGCCCUAGGAAAUGUCCUCUUCACAUCAGGCAUCACCCUCCUCAUCGGUCCUCAAAAGACCUUUUACUUUUUCGCAAGGAAACAAAAGAUUAGAGGAAGCAUCUGCUUCUUCACGGGGAUGAUACUGGUCUUUUGUAGAUGGACCUUCGUGGGGAUGCUA